AUGAGUGAGAUUGGGCACCUUCCUAUCAAUGCCGUUUUUGUAUUCAAUGGUCUGAAAUGCCUGUCUGAAAAACAAAGCACUGCCAUUGGUGCGGCUGAUCAUUAUAUGACACAAGACUCUAAAGUGAUCAUCAAAGGCUUUGGUCAUAAGAAAGAAGCAGAGCUAGCCUACCUUGAUAGCAUUGGUGCAGUUGACAUGGUGUGGAUGAGUGAUAGUGACAUUUUUCUCUUUGGCAGCCAACACGUCAUCAGGCACCCCCAGGAUUCUGACGACCGCGACUCUGUUGAGGUGUACAUCUUCAAAAUGCCUGGAGAUGAUGCCGCUGCUCAAGUUUUGGAUCAAGCUGGCAUCCUCUUUCUGGCCAUUGUAGUAGGAGGUGAUUAUAAUACUGGGCUUCUGGGUUGUGGGAUGAAAAAGGCCCUUGCUUUACUAUCAACAGAUCUCGCUCAUUCACUCUAUGACAUGACAGUCACACUCUCAAAAACUCAGUUGGCUGCAUUCCUUACUGGUUGGCAUGAGAACCUUUGCAAUGUGCUCACCCACAAUCUGAACAAUGUUCUUGGUGCUUGUUACCCAUCAUUGGCCACUAAGAUCCCAGAAGAUUUUCCAGACCCAGAUGUUCUAUGCCUUUAUGCUCAUCCUAUCACUUCAUAUACCAAAAAGGAUUAUAGGCCCAAGACAGCAGAAUGGGUGUCAAAGCUACCUGAUACCACAGCAUUAACCACACUCUGCCGACAGCUUUUCAGAUGGGUUGACAUCCUCGACAAGUUUUCCAGCUGUGUGUGGGAUGGGCAGUGCAUCAAAGAAUUGGCAUUGGCCACCUACAACAUGGAAAACAGGGCUCAGGCCCAACUCCAUUUGGUUUGGAUCCCAUCUGUUGUCGCCACUGCAUUGUUCAUGGGAGGGACAUCCUGUGGUGCAGGGAUGCAUGUGUCAACGUACGCAUGGGUUCCUGGCCCUAUUCUUUGCUUCAUACUUCCAGAGCUUGUGGAGGAAUAUCACCAGACUACAUGCAAGCCAGGGCUGGAUAAAUGCAAGCCAUAUGUUUCUGUUUUUGAUAGUUCCCAGUCAAUGCAACAUCAAUCAGUAGCUGUUGUUGACAUUGACCUUGCCUAUUUGGAUGAGGGAGAAGAUGUUGGUUCUGAUGUGGAUGAGGUUAAUGGUUCGGAUGAAGAUAUCAUUGAGAUUGAUGAUUCUAGCAGUGACGGGGCAGGGGAGGUUGAGAUAAUUGAUGUUGACCCUGUGGUUAUUGACCUUACCAGGGAUGACAUGUAA